CUCAAGUUUGUUACUCCUGCAAAGAUCGGGAGGAGGCCAUCCACUCGCCGCUUUAAAGUUACACUGCAGGUUCCAUGAUGGGUCGACUUGAUGGGAAAGUCAUCGUCCUGACGGCCGCUGCUCAGGGGAUUGGCCAGGCAGCUGCCUUGGCUUUUGCAAGAGAAGGUGCUAAAGUCAUAGCCACAGAUAUUAAUGAGUCCAAACUUCAGGAACUGGAAAAGUACCCAGGUAUUCAAACUCGUGUCCUUGAUGUGACAAAGAAGAAACAAAUUGAUCAGUUUGCCGAUGAAGUUGAGAGACUUGAUGUUCUCUUUAAUGUUGCUGGUUUUGUUCAUCAUGGAACUGUCCUGGACUGUGAGGAGAAAGACUGGGACUUCUCAAUGAAUCUCAAUGUCCGCAGCAUGUACCUGAUGAUCAAGGCCUUCCUUCCUAAAAUGCUUGCUCAGAAAUCUGGCAACAUUAUCAACAUGUCCUCUGUGGCUUCCAGCAUCAAAGGAGUUGUGAACAGAUGUGUGUACAGCACAACCAAAGCAGCUGUGAUUGGCCUCACGAAGUCUGUGGCUGCAGACUUCAUCCAGCAGGGGAUCAGGUGCAACUGUGUGUGUCCGGGCACAGUUGAUACUCCAUCUCUGCAAGAAAGAAUACAAGCCAGACAAAAUCCUGAUGAGGCACUGAAAGAGUUCCUGAAGAGACAGAAGACAGGAAGAUUUGCAACUGCAGAAGAAAUAGCCCUUCUCUGCGUGUAUUUGGCUUCUGAUGAAUCUGCCUAUGUAACAGGUAACCCUGUCAUCAUUGAUGGAGGCUGGAGCCUGUGAUUUCGGGAUCUCCUUGGUGGGAAGGAAGGCAGGCUCUUCCUCUCCACAGUGAACCUAGCUGUGAAGAAAACUCACUGAUCAUCUCUUUCCUAUUAAUGACUGCUUAAUGAAAACAACCCCUUUUUAAUAAUCACACUGUUCAUGAGAGUCUGAUUCUUUAAAUAUAUUAAUCUCUUUCUGAUCUCUUCUGAAAUCAUUAUAAGUAAAUGAAAUAAAAAAUAUUAAACUCA